AUGAUUGGCUGCUAGCAAAAGAUGUGUCCGUGUGUCGCUUGUUUCGAGUGAAGUCGUGUAUGGUUGUGUUGUGCUGGAGGAUGGGGGCUGGUUGGAAUGGUUGUCACGCGACUUGUGUCAACGUUCUGCGGAGCGCGCUGAGCCGUUGCGUAUCGGUUAGCAGCGCGGGGCUGUUUAGUAGAGGGUUGAAGUUUCUCUGAGUGCAGACAGUGGGGGAUGGGGAGGGUGCGUCAAUCGCGGUGUAUGUUGGGAUGUUAAUGGUGUGCGUGUUUAUGUUGACUGCAAUAGGACACGAACCGAGGAUGAAAAGAUCUGGUAAAUACGAUAGAGCGAAGGAGAAUAAGAAGCUAAAGCUGCUAAAGGAAAUUGAAGAGCGAAAGCUUCCAUACUUAACACCCAAGGAUGUGCAAUUUGAACAGCUGUCAAAGGCCAAAUAUCCCAAAUUAUACUUGAGACGAGCCAGCUGUGUACCUCAGGAAAUUCAUCAAAAAGUCCAACAAGGAUUGACAAUGCUGCAAGACUGUAAGUGUUUGGCUCAAGAUCUUGUUCAAAUAAAAGGCAAAGAUGUGCUUACACCAGUAUAUCGUCUACUUGUAGGAGACCCCGGCUCUACAUAUCAUUACUUAAAUACAAGGCUGUUUACAAUACCUUGGCCUUCCCAUGGUGUUGAGGUGAAGUACAACAGUGAUGAAAUAGGUAAAGCUUGCAAAGCUAUUAAAGAUCUUAAUGAAUACUUACAUGUGGAAGCAAUGAAAAUUUUGUUGGAUCAAUGUUCAGCUGAUGUUGAAGAAAUUGGAUUUGUGGCAAAGGCAGCAACUUCUACGCUCAUCGAGGACUCAGGAAGUAUGAAAGAUGGAACUUAUCACAACAAACAAAGCAACACCAAUGCUGUGUUAAAAGAUAGAACAUCUUUUAAUGUGGUUCUGUUGAACUUCAUGGACCCUUCAAGAAUGAAAUACCUAAAAGAGGAGCCAUACUUUGGAAUGGGAAAGAUGGCUGUGAGUUGGCAUCAUGAUGAAAACCUAGUGGAAAGGUCAACAGUUGCUGUGUAUAACUACAGCUGUGAUGAUUUAGGACCUGCCUCGGAUGAAAGCAACACAACGUCAAUAAAGGGCAGAGACCCAGCACGUUGGCAUGUCGGCCUAAAAGUAGCCUGGGACAUUGCUACACCAGGGCUGGCAUUGCCCCUUGAACCUGGCGACUGUUACUUUAUGCUUGAUGAUCUUAAUAUGACCCAUCAACAUUGUGUGCUGUCUGGAAUGCAGCCUCGCUUCAGUUCCACCCACAGAGUGGCAGAGUGUUCAAGUGGUACGUUGGACUAUAUUUUUGGACGAUGUGAUGUAGCCAUGAAGAACCUACACAAGGAUCCAUUGUUGGGCACUUCCUCCCUGAUUUCACUGGAUCUUGCUUAUGUGAGACAAACUGAAAAGAUUCACAAUGAGGUAGAAUUUGAGUGGUUGCGGCAAUUCUGGUUUCAAGGAAAACGCUCUGCAAAGGCGAGUGACUGGUGGUUUGGACCAAUGGCAGCACUGGAGAAUUCUUGGAGAGAGAUGGAACAAAUGACAAAGCUUUUGCUGUGUGAAAUCAAUAAGACAGAAUGGUCUUUAGAAAGAAAGCACCAAGUUGUACACUGUCUUUUGCCAUUCCUUGAGGAGCGCCAGGAACUGAGAAAGAGCUGGAUGGCAAGGAUUACUGUAUUGCUUUAACUUUAAGAAGACAAUGGCUAAAUCUUGAAGCUAUAAAGAAUAAUCACUGGCAGUUAUUCUCUGAAGACACACGAGGGCAGCAGGGAAAUUGUGCAGAGUAAAUAUAUGGAGUACUUCAUCCAGUAUGAAUCAUGUUGUAUCAUUCAUUUCGAAGCUAAAAGUAGACAGCAGUCAGAGAGAGAUACACUUGGACUGAAGCUUGCACAAGAAGUUCCUGGUAUGCAUGGGCUUUUACAUUUUCUCAGUUUAAAAAGAAUGCACUCUCUUUACAUAUGCUGUAUAGUUCUAUAGUAUAGCAUCCAAUUCUCAGAUGUUCGCAUUUUUAUGAGGAUAACUUCCCAGAAUUAAGAGUUUCUCCUUUUACUUGUGUUAAGAGAGUACUAAGGUCUCCUAUGUUUAAUUAAAUAUGGCUUUAGCUGCCACAGUUCCAACAGUAGUAAAACAUAGCCUUGAAUAUUUUGUAGGGUAUUUUAUUAUUGCACUCAUAUGUGAAAUUCAUCUUCUGUUCCUGACUGUGCCAUGUUUUCUGCUGUUUUUCAAUAUUUAGCUUUGACAAACAAAAGCAGAAGCUUUUACAGUGGUGCUGUGAAUCACCGUGAAUUGUGGGAAACUGGUGACACUGGUUCAUGAACACCCUGUUGAGAUCAGUCACAGUGGUGCUGUAGUGAAACAAAAUAUCAGCUGUAAAAUGUUUGGGCUUUACAUAUUGAGAAAUCAAUUAAUGGCACUAGAAAGAGAAAGACCAUCUUUAUUGAUGAUCAGGGAAGGGUAUUGCUGGAAAACAAAAUUUGUACAACAGUUUCCCUUUGCUCCUACCCCAUAAUUUUUAGCAAUUCACUUAUGACUCUCGUACACCUACAGAAAGGUUUGUCACUACAGAAGUUUGUUUAAAUUAAAAGACUUUAUUCCAUUAACGUCUCCAUGAUGUACUUUACAUUGAAUAUGCGAUUGAGAAUGAGCCAACUUUUCCAUUGC